CAUUUUCUUUGGCUUUUACAGAACGCGUGUGUUUCAAAGUAACCUUGUUUAAUUAUGUUUAUAAAAUAUCAUGUUAUUAUUAGAACUUACACUAUUACUAAUCGAUGACUUACUAUUUUUAUUAAUGAAGUGAAACAGUGUUAUGUAUUAAAUUAGUGGUGACAGAGGACAGACCUAAUUUGUUUAAUUUUACAAAAUGUAAGGGGAUUACCCUAAUGGAACAUUUUUACUCAUACACAUCAAAAAAAGAGUAUAAUGGUCCGAUUUUCGUUCAUAACUAAGUGUAAAACCCGUGUUUAGGUAAAGAAAACUGUGAGUAUCUAAUAUUUUUCAAGUUGAUUAACAAUCAACAAGGUAACCUAAGAUUAGCUUCUGUUCCAAGGCAAUGGAACUAGUUAAACAUAUACUUGUAUAUAACAAAAAUUCAGAAAUUGUUUUGGGACCUAAAUUUGCAACUGUAAAUAAAAAUAGCUGCCUCCUUGGUUUUAAAGGUAAUCUGCCUGUUCUAAGCUCUGAAACUUUUAUUAAUGAAGUGAUUAAUAAACCUAUGAAAAUAAAAGUUGAACUUGGCACUAGCAGUGAAAAGUUUAUAAUGUUUAAUGGAAAGAAGCUGAUGAUAUUAGCUGACCUACCCGAAGGACUUUUAAAAAUGCCACCUGCUUCUAAUACACCACAUAACUCAAAUUUAGGGAAACCUCUAUCAAUAGAACAUAAACUUUCGAACAACUUGAUAAAUAACACAUCUACUCCUAGUACAUCAAGUAAUUCAAUUCCAAAGAUGAUUACAGUCAAUGCACCAGAGAGUCCUAGUAUAGGGAAACAUUUAUUAGCUGAUUCUAAACUUCCAAAGGUAAUAAAAAUCGGUGCAGCAGAGACUCAAAAUAUAGGGAAAAAAUUAUUAAAAACAGAUCCUAAACUUGCAGGUGUGUUGUUACAAAGAAACACUGUUUGUACUACAUCGAACAAUUCAAUGCCAAAGUUGAUAAAAAUCAAUGCACUGCAGACUUCAAAUAUAGAGCACAGUACAACAGAUUCUAAACUUUCAAAGGACUUAGUAAAAACCAUAUCUAUUUCUGGUAAAGGUAAUUCGAUUUUGAGAAAAAUAAAACUAAGUCCUUCAGAUGUUACCAGUGUAGACACAAAUAUAUUAACAGAUUCUAAACUUUCAAGAAGUUUGUUAAAAAACAGUACAUCAAACAGUUCAGUUCCAAAGAUGAUAAAAGUUAGUAAGCCACUAUUGAAGCCAGUGGGAGAGGAUUGUAAACAAUCUCCUAAAAUUAUGAAUUUGUCUAUAAAAGUUGAUAAGGAUGUUAUGUCACAGAUAAGCAAUAAACCUCCAAUAAAUGAAAACAAGCUUAUAAAAAUAAAUGUAGCCAGUAUCACAGGGAGCUCUAAGGCUGACACAACUGAUAACAACAUUAUUUGUGCUGCUGAUAAAAUUAAAAUGUUUGCCAAACCAAUAACUGUGAGGAACAAAGUGAUGUGUAUACCAAUAAAUCAGGACAGUGUAGAGAGUGUUGCAUUGGACUUGACAAAACAUUGUGAAUCCCAGACUGUGAAAACCCCAGCAAAAAUGUUCAGGGAUCAAGGUACUCAAGUUGAUAUUGAUAUUAAACCUCCUAAACCAGAAACAGUAAGCAUAGAGACGAACACAGAUAUAACAGGAGAUAUAGUUAAAAAGGAAGAAAACUGGUUUAAUUUGCUUGAUUUCUCUAGUUUGGAUAACGAUAUUCCACAAUCACCUUUUCCCGAAGGCCUCCUGAAUUCAUUAGAGAAUUUCGACUUACCAGGCAAAAGUAUGGACAAUAGUAAAGAAUAUACGACCCUUACUAAUGCAGUAACAGGCAAAAAUGUAGCUAAUUACUCAGACAAUUCAGUCAAUACAGCAAAGAACCUUUUUAUGGAGUUGAGACAGGCUCUAGUUAAUAAUGAUGAAGGAAAUUUACCAAUUCACGUAGGCGUUAUAGCAAAUAAUUUCAAACUAGUCAAACGGAAUUUGUUCUUGCUGAAAGUCCUGAAACACUCUGUAGACGUACCAAACAGUCACGAUUAUACUCCACUGCAAUUAGCAUUGAUCCACAAUUCUUCGAUAGAAAUUAUAGAAGCCCUCUUGGCCGAGGGUGCUAGUUGUCGCACCACAGAUUCCGAAGGAAACAGUAUUCUUCACUACGGGGCAGAGUUAAACAGAAAAGAGGCUCUCAAAUUGUUAGUGAGCUUCGCCGGUCUCCAAAGGUGUACUUUGAAUCCGUUUAACCACGAAGGUCUAACGCCGUUGAUGGUAUGUUGUUUAAACAAAAAUUUCGAAUGUGCCGAAAUACUUCUGGAUGCUGAUGCCGAUCCCAAUAUUAAAGAUCAAAUAUCUGGAAGGACGGCACUGUUUCAUGCCGCUGAGAAGCACGACGUGGAAAUGGUCGAAAUGCUCCUGCAAUUCAACGCAAAUACGAAACUGAAGAACUUUUUCGGUACCAGCCCCCACGACGCUAUGUACGAACUAGACGGCAUGCCGGAAGCGAUUAAAUAUAUGAUUCUAGGCAAGAACAACAAAAGAAAAUCCUUAGACGAUAACCCUAAGGUCUCGAAACAUAGCAGACCCAACAAUGGAGUACAGCCUACUCUCAAGACGUACAGUAGAUCACAGCAGAUUCGAGGGAAUCAUGUUUCGAAAACCUACACUACUGUUAAAUGAGACUUUGCAGAUAUUUGUUUCUUAUCUAUUUAUCAAUAUUUUAUGAUAAUUCUAUUGAUAUAUAAGAUGAGACCGAGUGAGUUCAACAUCGUAAAGAAUACCGAAGAGUUCUGGUUAUAUGAUAAAACAGAUAUCUGUAACUUUCAUAUUUUACACAUGUCAACAGAUGAAAAAUUUCCACUUGAGAUAUUCAGUUAUAAGAACUUAAAACUGUCUUUUGUUAUUUGUUGUAUUUUAAAUUGGCUAUUUUUUACUUAAUUUGAUCUUAAAUAUCAGAUUUAUAAUCAAUAGUUCUUAUUUAUGAAUAUCUCUCAUCUUAUAUAAUAAAUGGAAAUAUAGAGAACUAAAAGAAUUCUUUUACGAAAUUUUUAUUAUGUUGUUUUUUGGCUGAUGUGUUUGUAUUUUUAAUAUAUCAUUGUAUUGUUUAAAAUUCACGAUCUUAUAACAAAAAGGCGUCUCACCAAACAUUUUUAUCUUCUACUAUUUGACUAAUUAUUUACAUUUUUUCAGUCUUUCUUGUGUAUUCCUACAUAUUAUAUUACAUUUACACAUUUUUUUUAGGCUGGUGUUAGGUACAUAUUAGUAUUACCAUCAGAAUUUUCGUCCACUUUUGAUCCAAUUGAGGCCAAUCGAUCUCACAGAUACUUUCAGUCCCAAAAAAACUUAUCCAGCUUGUUAAGAUAUGCGUAAAUGGCUGUAGAUCCAGAGUACGGAUAGGUAAAAAACUCUCAGAAUCGUUCGAAAUAAGUAGUGACCUGGAACAAGGAGAUGCGCUGUCACCUAUCCUUUUUAAUAUAAUCCUGGAGAAAGUAGUAAGAACAGCACAAAUUAGAACAGAAUUGCUGACAGUAAACGGACUAAAAUUACUACUAGCACUCGCGGAUGACAUUGACAUUGUGGGAAACACAGUCACCAAUGUGAAGGAGACUUUCAAUAAAUUGGAGGUAGAGGCAAAGAAAACUGGUUUAAGGAUAAAUAAAGAGAAAACCAAAUACAUGUGCAUCGAUAGACAAAAGGGACGAGAUAGAAUAGGGCAAAAUGUUACGAUAUACCCAUAUAACUUUGAAAGAGUGGAGAGUUUUAAAUACCUCGGAGCAACAAUCACUGCAGAUAACGAUAUCACGGAAGAGAUUAUAGUCCAAGAGGCAGCGCUGAAAAAUCUCUUUGAAUUUACUAAAGCUAGAUUUUUCACAGUUGAUUACUGUGAUUGUCUAGAGAAACAUACUGCGGUCGGUCAAGCGAAACGUAAAACAGGGGUUACUGAGAGGGUAUCAAAGUUGCUUUCCUACGAAGGUAAUUAUUCCCAUUUACUAAGGCUGAAAAUCAGUACACACAUUCUAAAUUGAAUAUAAAUAAAAGUUAUUAUAGUCGGUCAGCUGUAUGACGGAACAGAGCCGGUGGGUCGGCCACAGUGAAUGUACAGGCAUUGUUUAUAUAGGGAUAGUUGGUCAGCCCAAUAGGAAAAUUUGUUUGAUUCCAUAGGCACCAAGUUGGAUACUAUUCUAUUCAUAACACCCCAACUCGCAUACAUAUUAAGAAAAAUAAAUAUAUAUGGAAGAAUAUAUUUAGAAAUUGAAUUAAUAUCAUGCUAUAAUAUAUAUAAUGUAUAGUAGCAUGGCAUCAUUAAUUCAAUUUCUAAAUAUAUUCUUCCAUAUAUAUUUAUUUUUCUUAAUAUGUAUGCGAGUUGGGGUGUUAUGAAUAGGAUCGUAUCCAACUUGGUGUCUACGCAUUUUGACGUUGCGACCCUGACAAAAAUUGUGGGGACAUCUGGUGACUGUCUCAAUUUGAAUCAAACAAAUUUUCCUAUUGGGCUGACCAACUAUCUCCCUAUAUAAACAUUGGUACAGGGUUAUUCACUAUAUUUUAUAUACAGAAUUAGAAAAAAAUGUAAAAUACAAAAGUUAUUCGAUUUUUAAAUUAUGAUUUUUUGACAUAUAUAUCGUACUAGUGACGUCAUCCAUUUGGGCGUGAUGACGUAAUCGACUAUUUUUUUUAAAUGGUAAUAGGGGUCGAUUGCUAGCUCAUCUGAAAGGAUAUUUAAUUCCCUAUUCAGUAAUAUAAACAAUAACAUGAUUAAUUAUACAGGGUGUCCAAAAAAAUUUUUUAAUUAAAUUAAUUGUUUAAUUAAUAAUUAAAAAAAAUUUGGACACCCUGUAUAAAUAAUGAUCUUAUGUAAAAAAAUCAUCGAUUACGUCAUCACGCCCAGAUGGAUGACGUCACUAGUACGAUAUAUAUGUCAAAAAAUCAUAAUUAAAAACUCCAAUAACUUUUGUAUUUUACAUUUUUUUCUAAUUCUGCAAAUAAAGCAGUUUACAAGGGGGUCAAAAUAUAUUGAAUAACCCUGUACAUUCAUUGGGGCCGACUGACCGGCUCUAUCCCGUCAUACAGGUGACCGACUAUAAUUUUUAUUUAUAUUCAAUUUAGAAUGUGUGUACUGAUUUUCAGCCCUGUUUUACGUUUCGCUUGACCGACCGCAAUAUGUUUCUCUACACAAUCACAGUAAUCAACUGUGAAAAAUUUAGCUUUAGUAAAUUCAAAGAGAUUUUUCAGCGCUGCCUCUCCGUCAAUUAUAGGGAGAAUUCAGGCAGCAAACAGAUGUAUGUAUAGCCUCCACAAUACUAUUAAAUCUAAGAGCCUAACACGAGCAUCAAAGAUCAGAAUAUAUAAAACUGAUUAGACCGGUGCUCAUGUAUGGGUGUGAGACGUGGACUCUGACCAAAGCAAUUGAAAGAAAACUUAGAUGUAUUGAGAGAAAAAUCCUACUUUCAGUACAUAUUUUAAAUCAGAUUUGAUCUAUUUGAGGUUAGCUACUAAAAUAGAUUUCUUCAGCAAAUGUUGCCAUCCAUAUUUGUCUAUAUUAAAGAUGUCUUCAGUAUAUUCUUUUAUGUCCGAGUCUAUAUUCUAGUCGUAACGAUUUCACAUCUUCUAUUAUUUCGUCCCUUAUUAUCUUGAACAGAAACGGGCUGAGCCUAUCUCCCAGUCUAAUAUUUAUUUUAAUUUUCGUUUUAUUGUUGUUAAUUUGUUUUAUGAUUUCCAAGACGUACGGGAUUCUUUUCUGUCAGUUAUUGGUAUGCCAGUAAUACCAGAAAAAAAAUUGUCAAACAAUAUUGUGAGAUAUUUUACGAGUUUCUGGUCCUCAAAUUUGACAGUUCGUUCAGGUCCUCAAAUUUUGACAGUUCGUUCAAAAUUCCAUCAGUUCCUGGCGAUCGUCGAUUCUUACUUCUUGCGAUGAAAGUUUGCGGUCUUCAUCAAACGUUUUAGUCCAUCUAGUUUUAACCGUAUUAGGUCAAUAUGAAGAUUUUCUUUAUCAAGUGAUAAAUUGCUAUCACAGCUUUUUUCAGCAUAGGUUUUAUCUACAUUUGGCCCAGAUUAAAAAAUAUGCUAAUUUCACCCAUAGUUUGACCUUUAUUAUGUUUACUAUUCUAACUGGGAAAUAAGCCACAAAUUUAACUUAAAAAAUUAUUUUAUUGACGUUUCGACUUUUACCUCGGACGUCGUUAUCAAAAUACAACAUAUUACUCUUUCUUAAUAUUGUUUGUUGCACUUCUACAUAUAGGCUGAAAGAAAAUGCAUUAAGGAAUGUAUAGGUACAAUAAUAAAACUAUUGCUCACAUUGAAUUUAUUCGUUCAACAUGGGAUUACUAAUAUCAGUCAAACAACAACAAUAUUUGCUUUUUAAUUGUAUUUAUAAUGAUUAUAUUCAUUUGAAAAAUAUUAUAAAUCGGGAAGAAUAACUUAAUGGUAAUACUAUUUAUUAUUCUUCUUGUUUUAUAAUCACAGAUCUGAAAUGUAGGCAACUAAUUAAUAAAGAAUAAUGUAAGAUGUGAUUUAAUUCUUAAGAUUUUAAAUUUAGGCUUUUUAUAUUUAUUUCUUUGAAACGGUAAUUAGACUGUGGUCUGUAACAAGUACAAAAGACUUUAUACUGCCUGAAGAUUAGGAUACUUACCAAUAUUGGACCAAAAUUCAUUUUACAGUCAAAAGAGGCUGCGAUGGGAGUGUAAGGAGAAUGUUGCUUUUAAUGUUAAACCCUUGUACAGUCGGAAAAAUGAAAGAAUACCCAUGAACGAACAUAUAAAACACGCUGUAUUUUCCUGUCACAGUGUCACAAAGAAAAUUGCCCAGCGCAAGUACAUGUAAUAAUAAUUGUUACAUGUACUUGCGCUGGCCAUUUUUGGUAUGACACGGUGACAGGAAAAUACAGCGUGUUUUAUAUGAUCGUUCAUGGGUAUUCUUUCAUUUUUCCUACUGUAACACUCCCGAUCAAAUCUGUCUCUUGGAGGCUCUCAGAUCGUGUUUGAUCAAAACGAAAUUGAUCAGAUCGAAACUUGAAAUGUUUUUACCGAGAUGCUUAUAGAAAAAUGACAAUGGGCCGAUAAUGAUAGAAAUCCUAUAGUCUUGAGCCCAUUUACAUGCAUAUUAUGUACAAGGUGACACAUUUUAGCGCAAAUUAAUAAACAUUUUUUCUAUUA